GCUUAACAGGAAGUUUCUUCAACACCAAGCUGUGAAACAGGAAGAUGACCGACAGAUCUUUCAUCUGAAAGGUCCACAGAACAGACAGGAAACCCUGAUGUGUGAGAUCAACAGCUAUUUUUGAAGAGAAACCUGGUCAAGAGGGCAGCUGUCCUGAGUGUUACGUGUCCUCAUGAUGAGACGUCCACACAGCUGUGAAGAAGGUGAAGCUGCUGGUUCCCAACAUGAGAACCCAACCAGAACCUCCAAUCAGCCACAGAAAGUCCUGCUGGUUCUGGGCUCUCUGCUGGCUGCUGCUCUCAUCGUCAUCUACAGACUCUGUUUUGCUGUUUUGACGACCAAUCCAGCUCCGAAAGAGGAGAGGAAACCCUUCUCAGAUGAGACACAUGGAGCAUGCUGGGAGCUACAAGGUGAAAGCUGGUAUUAUUUCUCCAACUAUACAUCCUCCUGGAAUCAGAGCAGAGAUUCCUGCCAAGAUCUGGGAGGAGACCUGGUGAAGAUAGACAGCAGAGAGGAGCAGAUGUUCCUGGGGAGAAGAGCGAGCAGCUUAAUGGAGGAAGAAGAUGACAGGUUCUGGAUCGGCCUGACGGACUCAGAGGAGGAAGGCAGAUGGUUGUGGGUGGACGGGUCACCGUUGGAAACAAGCUUUUGGAGUAUUAGAGAACCUGACAACAGGAGUAAAGAUGGCGCUCCUGAAGCCAACUGUGUCAGGAUGGGGGAGAGAGGAAGAGCCGAUCAUCUGGAUUCCUGGUUCGAUAUAUCCUGUUAUUAUCUGCAGAAAAGUAUCUGUGAGAAAGCAGCAGAAACUGAAAGGAGUUCACGUGUUUGUGGGUGAAGUUCAGUUCAGUUUAGAAAAAUGAGUCCAGGAUCAAGAAGCUGCAGAGAUUCUGGUUUUAUAAAGAAAAUGUCACAAACAUUUUAAGUUGCCUUCCAGACAUGUUG